ACCGGUUAUAAACGCUGCGGCAACCAAUGUAUCGCCAACGACCGCGCCUGUGUCUCUAACAUACCGGCUCCUUUGCGAAGAAGGAAGAUAAUGUGCGAGGGCACCAAGGUCUCGUGUCCAGUAUUCGGACGGGGAAAGACAACCUUCGAGUGUGUGGACAUCGCGAACCGGCUCGAAUCAUGCGGAGGCUGCAUAUCUGCUGGUCAAGGUCGCGACUGUAGCGAGAUCGAGGGAGCCGAUCAGGUCUCCUGUCGAGCGGGAGACUGUGUUGUGCAAUCAUGCAUGCGCGGAUUCGAGAUGAUCAACAACUCGUGCUUGCGAAAGAGCGACCUUUCUUGAGAACGGACUAUCGUCCGACUGUGAUGACGACUUUUCUUCUUACCAUCUUACGACGGGACACGACAACAGAUUUUCUUUUGGGAUACAUGGUUCGCAUUUCACUUGUAUAGAGGUUGUAUGAGUAUUACUGUGCUGGACUUGAUUUAGUUUGA